AUGUCGACAGAUCAGAAGGCGGAGGAGUCCAAGAUCAACCAGGACAUAUCCCUCCGCAACAAUAACAUAGACGAAGAGCAGAAUGAAAUCUCAAAAGAGCUUCCAGCCUACAACAAUGAUCCUUUUGGAGAUGAAGAGUUUUCAGAUGUCAAGUACAAGGUCAUGACGUGGUGGCAAUGCGGAAUGAUUAUGAUUGCCGAGACGAUAUCUCUUGGAAUUCUCUCCCUACCCUCCGCAGUUGCAGCGCUGGGUAUUGCCCCUGCCGUAGUUAUUAUAGUAAGCCUCGGCUUCCUGGCCACAUACACCGGAUACGUUAUUGGCCAGUUUAAGAUGAAGUACCCCCAUGUCCACAACAUGGCGGACGCCGGAGAGAUUCUCUGGGGCCCCAUCGGUCGAGAACUCCUAGGAGCCGCCCAGCUGCUCUUCCUGGUCUUCAUUAUGGGAAGCCAUAUCCUAACUUUCAUCGUCAUGAUGAAUACCCUUACCGACCACGGGACAUGCAGUAUCGUCUUCGGAGUUGCCGGAAUGAUUCUUUCUUUAGUUCUUGCGCUUCCGCGAACCCUCAAGAAUGUGUCUUGGCUGUCGAUUUCAUCUUUCAUCAGUAUUCUGGCAGCUGUGUUUGUCACCAUGAUUGGAAUCGCUAUCCAGCAUCCUGCAAAGGGAAUUGACAUCACUGUCAAAAGUGAUCUUUACCACGGCUUUUUGGCUGUGAGCAACAUCGUCUUUGCAUACGCUGGUCAUGUGGCAUUCUUCGGGUUUAUCUCCGAGUUGAAGGAGCCUGCUGGCUACCCCAAGGCCCUUUACCUCCUUCAAGGAAGCAACACGACUCUAUAUGUCGUUAGCGCUAUUGUUAUCUACAUCUACGGUGGAAGGGAUGUUGCCUCACCCGCUCUCGGCUCUACUGGACCAGUCCUACGAAAAGUUGCAUAUGGAGUCGCUAUGCCAACGAUUGUCAUUGCUGGUGUGAUCAACGGUCACGUCGCUAGCAAGUACCUCUACGUUCGAAUCUUCCGUGGAACCAACAAGAUGUCACAGCGAACCUUCGCCUCCCUCGGUACCUGGGUCGGGAUCACCGUUGUUCUAUGGGUUAUUGCUUGGAUCAUUGCCGAAGCUAUCCCUGUCUUCAACAACCUUCUCAGUUUGAUUACUGCUCUCUUCGCCAGUUGGUUCACCUUUGUGGACUUGGUCUAUAUGUGUCCGGCAAACGCUCCAUGA